UGUAAGUAAAUCAGGCUUCGUGUCAUUCAUUUUAUCAAAUUUGCUGUAAGAAGCAUGAUAAGGCAUAUAUUGCAAGUGAGUAAGCGGAGUUAAUACGAUUGAUUCGUCGUUGUUUCGUAAUAUAUGUUGUAGAUUUGAUACCGAGAUGCUAUUCACGCGGACCAUUAACCUAUUCCGUGCACGUGGGAUUCGUUGCUUUUCAAGUAGUACUGGUGAUUCACGUAAUCAUUAUCCGAUUUCGACAGUAACCCAAAAAUCGAUUGAUGAUGUAUUAGAACCACCACAAAUGCCGAUGAAGAUUGAAAUUUCGAACGAAAUGCAAGAGCAAGCAGUAGAUCUUGCUGGUGUACCCGCGGAUUUUUUACGCAGUCGUCGAGUACGUGUAUAUCGACCGGCACGUGAGGCUACGCAAUCAGGUUGGGCGUGUACCAAAACAUGGAAAAUUGAACUGGAUAAUAGGGAAAGAUGGGAGAAUCCACUGAUUGGUUGGUCUAGCACAGGUGAUCCAUUAAGUAAUAUCUCUAUGACUAUGGAUUUUGCAUCAAAAGAAGAUGCUAUUCGGUACUGUGAAACGAACAAUUUGAAUUAUGAAGUGGUCGAACCAAAUGAACGAAUAAUUAAGCCGAAAAGUUAUGCAGACAAUUUUUCAUGGAACAAACGAACAAGAGUUACCAAUAAGUAAUAUGUGCACAACAUCACUUUUAGAUCGUAUCGGAUUGAGUUAUGUCAAAUUAUUGUGUAUUUGUUAUUAUAUUUUAUUUCAAGUGCUUAUAUCUGCCAAUUUAUUUUUUCAUAAUUGAUGAAGUUAUAGGUGCUGCGUUAUUGAUAGUUAAGCAAACACCUUUUCUGUCAUAACAGCAUCAAGUAGCGCAUAUGGUUUAUAUUACGUACUAUUAUAUUUUAAUGUGUAACUAGUUUCUCGCCAAAUUAUUAUAAAAGAACGAUCCUUGCUUCCACUUAGUAUGGAAGAACACAGGUUUUAGGUUUAGAAUAUAUUUUAAGAAAUUUGAUCUAUGCACUUGCUUCCGAAAUAUUCUGUAUAAAUAAAGAUUUCG